AUGGGAAAUCCAGCGAAGCGAUCGGCGACACCAAAGCGGGGGAAGCGCGGCAAAGGGGCAUCUUCUGGUGGUGCUGCUCCAGCUGCGGCGCUGCAGUUGCCACCGCCGCCACCGCCGUUUCUAUGUCUCUCUCGUGGCAGCGUGUAUACACCCGAGCCAACAACGCUUGAUGUGACUGUUACGGUUCCCCUGCAACAGUUGCAGAACCGUGCGGGCGUAUAUGAUGCGGUGCUGCGCAGUGUCCUGCAUCGCCUCCACGGAGCGCCGUCCUCAUCAAGUGAGGACCCUGCCGCCGUGAUGCACCGCACAGUGGUGCACGUGGAGUCGAUCACCAUUCACACAGACUCCGCGCGGCAGGCGAGUCACACCGGGGACGUGCAGCUGCGUGCCACCGUCGCGGCGGUGCUGGCCUGCGUGAAGCAUGGCCUCCUCUUCGGCGUCGCGGAGUCAAGUACGUACACCGACACCAUGGUGGUUCGAAUACGCUGCGAAGACCCUGAAGGAGCCGUGCAGCAGAGAAAUGGCAACACCAAGAGCAAAGACGAGGAGGGCGAUGCUGGGACAACGCUGGUGACGGCACGGUGUCUAGAGGAGGAGCCGGUGGCCGUGGGGCAAACGGUGCUGGUCGUGUCAGAGCCUGGGACGCUGCGCUGUCUCGCUAUCCGCCCACCGCGAAAGGCGCCAGGACCCUUCAAGCUACACGUCGAGAACGGUGUGGCAGAAAUUCUGGCGGAUUGGCCCGAAAAGAAGAAAGGGCCUCGCCGCGAUGAAGCUGCGUGUACUUAA